GGAUGUGAUACCCCAAAAAUUUUUAGAAUAAAUAAGUGUGAGUUAAGGACUUGAUUGUGAGAAUAUAUUGUUUUAGGGCUUAUUAGCUAAAACUUCAAAAGUUGAGGAAUUUAAAAGAGGAAAGAAUUUGGAUAAGGAUCAGUUAUUCUUUUUCUCCUUUUCCUCUUUCUUCUCAGCCCGAUUCUGCUCUUCUUCUUUUUCUCCCCGUUGCUGCCCACCCGAAAGAAGAAAAAAAAAGGGAACCCAGCCAUGCCUUGGAAAACCGGUAAGGAGGCUUGAUGUUAUCCUUCUUUCCUUAUCUAAGGACAAGAUUUAGGAGCUUAGAAACCUUCUCCCCCUGCUGGAAAUUCCAGAUCUACUCUGCUCUGUCUUCCCUUGUCCGUGAGCUGCAGCUUGUUGGUGUGAUUUCUAGGCAUUUUUCCGGAAAGCCACAGCCAUGAACUCCAUCUUUUCAGCUUGAUUUAGCUUGGGUUCAUGUUAAAUCUAUUGUUCCUUUCAGUUUUGGGUAGAUCCCCCUAAAUUCCCCUGCACUGCCGCCGACUUCUCCCCCCCUGCUAGGUCCGGUUUGUAGCUGGAAAAUUCUGGAAUAGCAUCGUGAUUAGGGGGUAGUCAUGGUGAUUUUACUUUUGAAUUCGUGGUACGGUAAUUAAUUCUUGGAUAUUUUGAUUAGGUUCCUGAUCGUUCCCGUACUGUAUCCGUUUUUCGUGAUUACAUUUGUUGGCAUGCUAUAAGUUUAAUUAAGGGCUAUCUAUAUUUUACUUACUGAGUUUAUCUCAUAGUUUUCCUUGUCCACCAUUUCAGGAAGCGAAACCGAGGACGAGGAAACCACGGGAAGUGACGAGUUAGAAGGCUAGCCAUUGUGAGUUUGAUAUAGGUUUUAGAAAUAAAUCAUACUUUUGUAAGAUAGAUUUUACCUUGAAUUUAUGAGAUCAAAACAGAUUUCAGUCAUUAGAUCAAAUACUUGGAUUUAAGUCAUUUUGGAUAUAGAAAUAAAUUGAGAUGUUUGAUUUAAGUUAUGGAGUGGUAUCAGAUUGUGAUAUGAUUAAGUUUCGAGCCUUGUGCAUUUGUGGGACCCUCUCAUGAGUGCACGACAUUUGUCACGCCUCGGAUUUGGGUUUUGGGGCAUAACACUAGGUUUGAAGCUAAUUUCCUUGUCUUCAUUGGAUUUUAAAAAGAAGUACUCAACAUCAUUCGUAGGGGAACACCAACUUAGACUUGGUCAUGCAUGCCUUGACAUGGGUUACCAAGACAGAUUGAUUGGAAAAGAUUUGAGUUUUUCGAGCUGUAAGAGGAGUAGCAGUUUGCCAUGUACGACUUUAGUGACCAAGGUAAGCAAGAUGGGCUCAGUGAAUGAGGAAGGAUAAUCAGCAUACCUUAACUUCAGAGGAAGCUUUUAACUAGGUUUGAAGCUAAUUUCCUCGUCUUCACUAGAUUUUGAAGAGAAGUACUUGACAUCAUUUGUAGGUUGGAAAGGUAAUUGGAUGGCUGGUGAUUGUUUUCUCAACACAACCUCCUUACAACACCUUUUAGUGAACUACCUUAAGAGGGACACCAGCUUAGACUUUGUCAUGCGUGGCUUGACAUUGGUUAGCAAGAAGGAUAGAUUGGAAAAGAUUUGAGUUUUUGGAGUUGCAAGAGGAGUAGUGGUUUGCUUUGAGUCUACCAUGUUUGGUAUGAUGUGAUGGAAUUUUCUCUUAAUUGAAUAAUGAGAGGCAAAGAUC